AGGCGUUCACCAGCCUACCCAGGCAAGAGCCCAGGCGGGAACAAAGCCCGCGGAAGCCUGACUCCACGGGUCUCCAGGACAACCGAGCGGCCCCGCCCACGGCGCCUGGCAACUGAGACCAGUCAGGGAGACCUCAGAGAAUGGAGGAUCCUGAAGAAGAGGAUCCAGGAGAAUCCCUGGAAGAAGAAAGCCCAGUCACACCCCCAGCUGCUGGCCACACUGAUAACCAGGAAGAAGACAACCAAGAGAACCAGGAUCAAGAGAAGGCAUAUGAACAGACUCAUUACAGAAUAGCUGACCAAAAUGGCCAAAGAGGAUCUGGAGCGCCUGAACCCUUCGUGUCUGACCAAACUAACCAAAAAGAUUCUGAACACCUGGAGAAUAGCUCAUAUGAUCAGGCUGACCUACAAUCAUCUGAACCGACUGAUGACAAGGCAUACGACCAAGUUAAAAAUGUAGCAGCUGGGGAGACUGAUGGCCAGGUGCCUGGCUUGGCCGAGGAAGGAACUUCUAAACAGACUGAAAGAAGCUCGUCUAGACAGGAGGAGAAAAGAGCUUCUGAGCAGGCCGACCAGGCUGAAGGAAGAGCUUCCAUACAGACUGACCACAGAACGUCCAGCCAGACUGAGGAAAGAACUUAUGAGCGGACUGGAGAUAGAUUGUCCAUACCAUUUGAUCCAAGAACCUCUAAACAGGAGGACAGCCUAGCUGAGAAAACUUCUGAGAAAGUUGAUCAAGUCGACCAUGUAAAGACCCUCUACAAUACUGAAGACCAAGCCACUGAAGAGGCUGAACAGCAGACUUUUGACCAAGCUGAUCAGCUUAAGGUUGGCAAGGAUGACUACAGUAGACCUGACCAGGCUGAACGCCUUGUAGACAAAGAGACUUACCCUAAAGACUACCAGUAUUCCUAUGGGUCUGAGUACGGAUUAUUACCCCAGUUCAGAGAUGACAAAGAGGCUCAAGACAGACCACAGCCCUGCACAUUUGAGGAUAGCGAAGUAUACCUCAAAUCCACACUUUCAAGUGAAAUAGAAAAAGGAGGUAUAAGCCCUACGCAAUCCCACUACCCAAUUGAUACCAGAUUCACUGAGCAUUUUCCAACAAAAGAACAAAGUUUUUACCAAAGAUUGCCCUCCAUCUCAACUAAAUCGGAUGACAUCACUCAAGAAAAAUAUGAAUCCGCAGAAUUCAGUCCUGAUGAUUAUUCAGAAUCUGAACAAGAAAAGAGUUCUCAUAUGCCCAAACAAGAUAUAUAUAAAAAGAGAUUGCCUCCUGUAGUUUAUGAAGAUCCUUAUCAAGUUUCACUUCAGUACAUGGAGAAGCACCAGAUUCUGCAAAUAUUCCAGCAGAUCACUGAAAAUUUAGUCUAUGAAAAGCCAGAGGACCCCCUGAGUUUUAUGCUGUUUCAGGUACAGGAAAUGCUGAGAAAGAGAGACAAAAGGUGAACCCUACAAAGAAUGAAUCUCUCUUCAGUACUGUUUAAGGUCAUCAGUGUUAAUACUAUGCUCUGUUUAGCCACUCUGAAAAAAUGGUUUUUCAAUAGGCAUCGAUGGUGACUUUGCUUAAACAUGUUCUUAAUUUUUAAGUAAAAAUAUGUAGGUUAACUUUGUAAAAUUAGUAUAACAGUUAUAGAUAACUCUGGGUAAUCAUUCAAAAAUUACACAUUAUAAUUAUCCAUACUUAUCCUCCCAAAGCUACUUACCUGAAUAAUAGCAAGUUCACGAAUAAAAUACUAUUACAAUUCAUAUGUCCUUUUUAUAAGGCAUAUCAUGUCUCCAAACUGUUUACAAAUUUUCAAUCAGAAAAUGUGUAGAAAAUAAGUGAUAAUGGUACUUUUUGUUCUUUUAAUAGAAGUUUUUAUUGAAAUAGCUCAUAUUUCUUAAGGACUACAACAUAUUUUUACUCUUUUCCUUUUUUAUCACUGUCUAUUAUAUUCUACCAUUAAAUGAAUGGGAUUUAAUCUUCUCCUAGGGGUAUCUCACUUCUGAUUUUUAACCCACAGCAGAAUUCAAACAUGUUAUACUACUCUGUACACACCUGUGGGUGAGGCAGACUGUCACUUCCUCAUUACCUUUAUCCCCUGAAGAGUAUCUAUAUCAUGUGGAAUGUGUAACCAGUCCAACUGGUAUUUAACAGCAAAAAGCUUUAACUUGGUCUGCCUGGUAUGAGAGUUAUCUGCCCAAAAAUCAUAGCUGAGAUGAUCAUCUGAGACUACUUUUGUGAGCUGAACCUUUCUUUUAAUUUCUAUUUGAACAUUGAACCAGACUUGAUUCUUUAUAUUGCUUACUUGGUGACUUAGUGUGAUUAUAUGGUUGCAUUACAGUGAAUUAAGCUUCUGUUUGAACAGUCAUACGCAAACACUAUUUAUUUUAAACAUCUGACCUUCGUUUCUCAUUAAUUAUACCAAAUAAAAACUUCUGAUAACUUUAA